GAUUUAGGCCACCUAUCUGGGUCUGUUACACAGGAUCAGCAUCAGUAGAAAUGUACAAACAAGAAAGCUCACUUCAGUCGGUCGGCAGUGACAGAGGGAGGAAGUGUUUUAGAGGAGAAACAGUGAUAUGAGGAGGGCUGUGUUUAUGGUGACAAUCAAGAGCAGAAGUAAUUGACCUUCUCUGGAUCUGGAUUUACUGUCUAAAAUGUGAAGGUAGAUCAGUGCCAACGCCUUUUUUUUCUCCUGCCGUCCUCCUUCGUCCCGUUGCUUUCCCGUCAUCCUCCUCUGUGUCUGUGAUGCCGGGCUGUGGGUGAGUGUUUGCCUGUAACCAGACUGAAGCUGGGGAAGCUAAAGGUGGUCCGGCGGCAGCUGCUGCAAAGGUAUGAACACCAGCCGUUUGUCUCCUGCCUGGCCGGUCUGUAUGGUUGCCAAUGGAGACGAUACCAAAGAGCCCGAGCGCAGCCAGGAGAAUGCUGCUGCAGCAAGAUGGAAUGUGGCACUUUUGGCCUCCUGAUUGUCACCUUCUUCUUGAGUUUUUUGUUCCUUUAUUUCUGGAGUGAAGCUCAGAAUGACUACAACGACUUUGACUGGUUUAACUUUGGGACUCUGGGGUUCUGGUUCCCCUGGUCUCUGGUUCUGCUCGUCGUCGCUGCUGCUCUGUUCACAUACAUCGCCCUUCUGUUGGUGUUGGCAGUGUGUCUGCUCUCAGAAGGACAGAGGCUUUACCUUCACUGGAGCCACAAGACCGGCAUCGUGGUGACGUUGGUGUUCUCCAUAACCGCCACCGCCGUCCUGUCUGACCUCUGGAGCAAAGAAUGGAAAACUCUCCUCCUUUCGCUGCAGGUGACGGCGCCGUUCCUCCAUGUGGCUGCAGUUUCACUAAUGGCUGUUCUCUCCUGGCCAAUAGCGUUGCACUUCUUCCGCAUGAACAAGAAAGUGCGUCAGGUGGCGGUCCUGGGUCUCUUCCUGUCCGUCCUCUUCUCUCUGUACCUGGUUCCUCUGGGGAUGUACUCCCCCUGCAUCAAGGAGGCGGGAACACUGGGACCUGCACCGGCACUCAUUGGCCACAGAGGAGCACCAAUGUUGGCUCCAGAGAAUACUUUGAUGUCAUUUGAGAAGGCGGUGGAGGCUGGAGGAGCAGGACUGGAAACCGACGUCACCAUCAGUUACGACGGUGUUCCCUUCCUGAUGCACGACACCACUCUGAAGAGAACCACUAAUGUUGCAGACGUUUUUCCAAACCAAACUCACCAGGACGCCUCCAUGUUCACCUGGGCGGAGCUUCAGCAGCUCAACGCCGGCGACUGGUUCCUAUCACGGGAUCCAUUUGGUACCGUCUCGUCCAUGUCUGAGAUGGACCGAGCCUGGGCCCAGAACCAGUCGGUACCGUCCCUGGCCCAGUUCCUGCAGGUGGCGGCACGUAGCGGCAGACUGGUGCUGUUUGACCUACGAAUGCCGCCGUAUGGACAUCCAUACAGUCAGACAUACAUCAACACCACCCUGCAGGUGGUGAAGGCCAACAUCAACUCCUCACAGGUGCUUUGGCUGCCGUCUGCAGACCGGGAGUCGGUCCAGGCCAUGGAUCCAGAUCUGCAGCAGACGUCUGGAGAAAAGGCAUCUAUUCAGGAACUAAUGGACGGUCACAUCACCCGACUGAACCUGCACUACAGCACCAUGUCACAGCAGCAGAUCAGUAAAUACCGGUCGGUGAACAUCACCACUAACCUGUAUGUGAUCAGUCAGCCGUGGCUCUACACUCUGGGCUGGUGCGCAGGAGCUCAGUCCGUCACCACUAACUCCGUCCACGUCCUGUCUGGCAUCACCAAACCGCUGUUCCUCAUGACUCCGGAGGAUUACAACCUGAUGUGGAUCCUGACAGACGCCGUGUCGGCCUUUCUCAUCAUCUCCAUUUUCAUUUUCCACUGGUGGAGAGAGCGAGGUCUGCCGUUCUGGUCCGGAAGCCGUCAGACUCAUGAGAACGGACCAUACAGCAAGUUCAGGACAGAGAUGAGCGACGUCUGGUCCAUCUCCAGCGUCAAUGUCCGCCCGGAUCUACGGAGCACGCCCAGUUCGCCCAGUACGCCUCACCUGCCCACCAUCACCGAGGAGUGAGGAAGAGGAGGGAUGAAGAUGGAGACAGAGACGGAGACGGACACAGAGACAGGAACAGGACAUCAGAUCAGAAAAGCUCCUCAAAACCCUGUAGAGCAUGUACCGUUCAGAUUCAGACCAACUCCACCGUCGUCUUUAGUCACAAA